CAGGACACACAGCUUCCUCUCUCCCAGGAGCCAUGAAUCUCCUGAUGCUGACCUUCGUUAUCUGUGGGUUGCUAACUCAGGUGACCAAAGGUAGCUUUGAACCCCAAAAAUGUUGGAAGAAUAAUAUAGGAUGUUGCAGAAGACGAUGUUUAGAUACUGAAAGGUACAUACUUCUUUGUAGGAACAAGCUAUCAUGCUGCAUUUCUAUAAUAAUGUCAUAUGAAUACACUCGACGACCACCAUUUCCUGUGAUUCACCUAGAGGAUAUAACAUUUGAUUAUAGUGAUAUGGGCUCUUUUACUGGUUCCCCAGUAUCUAAGUUGAGUGAUCUGGUAACAUUUGACACACAUGGAGAAACCAUGACCCCCGAGACCAAUACUCCCGAGACUACUAUGCCACCAUCCAAGACCACUACUUCCAAGACUACUAUGCCACCACCUUCUCAGAUGGCUCUUACUCAUAAUUAAUUAACAUUAACUUCUGGUAUGGAACAACUAGAAAUACUGCUGGAAAUAAUAUCCAAAGAACUGAUUCUACCAAUCCAGUUUCACCAGGAAAAUUCCAUCAGGGAUUGGAUUACCAUGGGGAUGGACAUAAUUGCUACUAUUAAGACAACGGCCAAGAUAAUUGCCUUGCAAUUAGAAACAUGUAGACAGAAAUGUAUAGAAGAUACAAGGAUUCUCUUAAUUGGACUUAAAG